AUUCUAUUGCACAUUCCACCUAACCCCCACUCUGACAAACAUUAAACGUCAAAAGAUCUGUGAUCCAAAAAGUAUUUUGGGAUUUUCAAACAUUUGCCCGGAAUUUUUGGCUUUCGAAAAUUUAGUUGCGAAUCGAUGGCGAGUUAAUGCUGGCGGAGAGAGUUACGAACGAAAAUGACUGAUCGAUCCAGAAGGUUAAGUUACGAAAACGCGGGAUACCUUUCGGGAAAAAUGGUUAACGUAAAUGAUCUUAGUCCUAGGAAAACAAUGCUUGUUUUGGUGAUAGUGGUCGGUUGUUUCGCUGUACUGUGGCCUAAAGUAUUUUACCCCAUGCUUGUAGGAUCUGCGAAUAAUAAAAUCAAACCCAGUGCUAUUGACAGGACGCAAGGUUGCUGUGAUGUUAUAUCCGAAAAAGACUUGACCACCCUCAAACUAAUGUCUGAAAUAUGUGACACUAUCAUAAAAAGUGAUAGCGAUAAGCCUAUGUCGAAUAAAGAGUUGUUACAGAAGUGUCAGAAUCUUGUAUUAGACACAUGCGGCAUUGAUAUUUCCGCUGUCCUCCAGGAACAAGUCAGAUUAGGCCACACUACCAAGCAAAUAUUAGAAGAAGUACGAUCGCUAAAUGGAUCUCUAUGCUUGAAAUACAAUUUUGGAAUAGCACCAUGGAAGUUAGGAGUACCUCAUCGGGUUACUGUCAAGGUGUCACCUUCCUACACCCACAAAAACGCCCGUAUCACGUACGCUAGUACAGGUAGGGCGGUUAAGCCUGGACCGAUACCGGGGAUGCGACCAACAAUAGGCGGUGCCGGUCACGUUGUGCCUCCUAAACAAGGUGGAACCAGUAUGGGACUUAUUAUGCCUAUAUACACCGUUGGUAUCGUCAUAUUUUUCACUUACACCGUUAUGAAGAUUGUGUUCAAGAAACAACCCGAAGUUCUAUAUCCACCGUUAAACCCCGAUCCUCACUUCAGGCGAGAAGUUUUUGAAGCUGACCGAGGUCAUUUGAGUUCGAGAUCCAAAGAAGCCUCUUCCGGCAAAUUAGUUGUAAACGCUAUGUCAGCGCUAUUGGACGAAGUAGAUUUGGAGCUGUCAUCUCGUCGUAAAGCUAGUGAGGUUAUACAGGAAAUCUUUUUGGAAGGCUCCCUACCACCUCAGUCGCAUCUUCUAGUAACUGAUUCCGCCACGGAAGCCCAAAAAGUCGACGCCGAAGAAGAUCCGGCGGUAGUUUUGGCUGGAAAGAUGACUUUGUCCGUCAUUAGUCUGGAUUCUUCCGAAAAUGGCACCGACGAAUCUUCCAAUUCCGGAAAGAAGAACGAAGACAGAAGUAGCAGUAACGUAUCUGAGGAGUUCGAGAAAAUCGAUAUGGCGCAACUUGAAGAACAAAUCGAUAACAUUAUAGCAGAAGCUGAAAUUGGUAGCCUUAAGGAAACUGAAAUUGAACUCUUGAAGGAGCCCAAAGAAAGUUCACAGUUUGUUGCUCUCGAAACAGAGGAAUGCAUUAAGCAAAUUGCGGAAGCUAUUGAUUCAGGCUAUCCUGAAAUAGAGCAAGAAUCUACAGAAAAUAAAAAUGAAGCUGAAGAGAAAGCAGAGGUUAUAUCUAAAACUAAACAGGAACCUUCAUUAGCUUCUGUCGAAAAUUUAAUCGCUGAAAAGGUAGAAGCUGUUAGCGAGACUUUUCAAGACAAACAAAAAGAACUAGAUGAAUUAUUGUCAGAAACUGAACAAAAUUUAACAAAAUCAACUGAAUAUAUAGAUGAUCAAAUUGAACAAAUAGAGAGAGAUUUAAUCAAAAUUGAAAAGGAACAGGAAGAAAUGACCGUUGAAAAAGAUAAUCUACCCGAAUCAAAAGAAGUAAAAGAAAUUAUUGAUGAAAUUAAAGAAGAAUAUGUCAUUGAAGAGGUUAUUAUACCCGCUACUUCAAAAGAAUUAGACAAGAACAACGAACAGAAGGUAGAAAAAGUUUCAGAGUCUAAUAUUUUAGGUAGUCAAACAUCUGACGCAAUUUUAGAAGUUGACAAAAAUAAGAAAGAACUGGAUGGUUCAAAAAUAAGCGCAGAACUAGGUGAAGAUAAACCAAUAGAAGGUGUCGUGGGUGAACAAACAACCAGUGAUACCGUUAAAGAUAGUGUAGAAGUCAGUGAAAACAUCCCUGAGAAAACUACAGAAGUGGACAGUACCUUAGUUAAGUCCAGCAACGAAGACAUUCUACCUCAAGAUAAGAGUGAUAUCGAAAGACAAGACAAAGAUAAGACUGAUAGUACCAUAAAAAAAGAAGAGUUUGUAGAGGAGCCUGCCGACGUAGAAGAUGUAGUUGAGGUGGAAGGUGAGGACUAUGUACUAGAAAGUGACGAGGAAGUUGAAGACGAUUAUGAAAAUGAAGAAGACGUCCUCCAGGGUGAAAGUAAGCAAGGAGCAGUGUUACAACAAGAUGCAGAAGAUGACGAAGGAGUGGAAUACGAUGAAGAAUAUGAAGAGGAAAGCGAAGACGAAAACGGAGAAGAAAUCGAACAAGAAGUAGUUGAAUAUAUCAGCGAUGAAGAGGAAGAAGUCGAAGAAGUGGAAGAGGAAGAGGAGGAGGAAGGAGAAGAAGAUGAAAAAGUUGUAUCGCACGUAUGA